GUUCUGAACUCCAAUGGCAUCGUUCUUGUCGAGUUUUUUGCGCCUUGGUGCGGUCAUUGUCAAGCGCUCACGCCUGCAUGGGAGAAGGCCGCUACUGUUUUGAAAGGAGUUGUUACGGUGGCAGCUCUUGAUGCAGACGCGCACAAGUCACUCGCUCAGGAAUAUGGCAUUAAAGGAUUUCCAACCAUAAAAGUAUUUGCACCUGGAAAGCCUCCAGUAGACUACCUAGGAGCUCGGGAUGCCAAACCCAUUGCAGAAUUUGCUUUGCAACAGGUAAAGGCUCUUUUAAAGGAACGUCUAAGUGGCAAGACAACAGGAGGAUCAAAUGAGAAAUCAGAGCCUAAUGCUUCAGAAGAAUUGAAUUCUCGCAACUUUGAUGAGUUAGUGGUAAAAAGUAAAGAUCUUUGGAUUGUGGAGUUCUUUGCUCCUUGGUGUGGACACUGUAAACGAUUGGCUCCAGAGUGGAAAAAGGCUGCGAAUAAUUUGAAGGGGAAGCUGAAAUUGGGUCAUGUUGACUGUGAUGCUGAGAAGUCCCUAAUGAGCAGGUUCAAUGUUCAAGGAUUCCCCACCAUCUUGGUAUUCGGUUCUGACAAGGACAGCCCGAUUCCUUAUGAGGGUGCAAGAACUGCGUCAGCCAUUGAGUCAUUUGCUUUAGAGCAGCUAGACACAAAUGUUGCACCCCCAGAAGUGACCGAGCUGACUGGCCCUGACGUUAUGCAAGAGAAAUGUGCCACGGCUGCCAUAUGUUUUGUUGCUUUCCUGCCUGACAUUUUGGAUACCAAGGCUGAAGGAAGGAACAAGUACCUCCAGCAAUUGUUAUCAGUUGCAGAGAAGUUCAAAAGAAGUCCUUACAGCUAUGUCUGGGCAGCUGCCGGCAAGCAACCCGAUCUUGAAAACCGUGUAGGAGUUGGUGGAUAUGGAUACCCAGCUUUGGUAGCUUUGAAUGUGAAGAAAGGAGCAUAUGCUCCCCUUAAGAGUGCAUUUGAGCUCGACCAUAUAAUUGAGUUUGUGAAAGAAGCUGGUCGUGGAGGAAAGGGCAAUUUGCCUUUGGAAAGCUCCCCUGAGAUUGUCAAGACAGAACCAUGGGAUGGCAAAGAUGGGGAAGUAAUUGAAGAGGACGAGUUUUCGCUUGAAGAGCUUAUGGGUGGUGCAGAAGACGCUGUAACUAAGGAUGAACUAUGAACAAAUCCAAGCCUAGCAUAAGGGGAGAACGUCGACUUAAAAUUUGAUUUUUGAGGUUACUAAGACAGUUUUCUGUUUGUCUUCGUAAUGUUAAAUUAAAAGGACGUUUCUUUCAAGCUUGAGGUGCUUUUUUACCAGACUUUCUUACUUCCCACUGAUCUCUGUCAAAAAGUUUACUGGAAAUUUUCUAA